CCUUAAUGACUACAACUUGAAAGGCAGCGUGUUGGGGAGCACGCUGAAGUACUGUUACAUUUUUCUCGUUCUGCGAGUGACUUGGGCUUUGGUAUGGCUUAACAUUGACAUGCUGGAAAGGGAACACGUACAAGAGUCAGGGUACAUACGUGCGAUGUACCAGCUGCAGUACGCGAAGAUAAAGGACGAGGCGUUCAUGCACAGCCCCGCUGGCGAGUUUCUCAGCGCCAUGUAUAUUGUCAACAAGAUGUUCAUACCGAUCGGGCCAUCUGUAGCGCCUGCGAACGACAUCGAGCGUAUCGCGUGCCUGCUGGUGAUGAUUACUGGAUGCCUGGUGGUGACGGGCGCGGCGGUGGCCUCGUUGUCCCUCGUUAUAAGCCUCUACAUGCGGCCGGAGGAGGCCUUCCGCGCUCGGUACAGGCUCAUCAUCAAGGAGAUGAAAGACUCGCACAUCCCUCUGAGUCAGCGCGAGAAGGUGGAGACGUUCUACAAGAUGUACUGGCAUAAGCAGCGGGCGGUGUCGCAGACGCAACUACUGCCGUCGUUCCCGCCGACGCUGCCCGCUGUUGUAUACACCGAUAUUUACUUCGAAGCCACGCAGAAGACUCGGGUUCUUCGUGAUCUAUCAUAUCAAUUCCUCUGCGAGCUUGCCAAGAAAAUGGAGACUAUACACUACAUACCCGGUGACGCUAUCAUCAAGAGAUCUUCCAAGAAAUCAUCCAUCAUUUACAUAACUUAUGGAGACGUUGAGAUGCUAACAGCAGAAGACGACAGCACACCGUUUCUGCGCAUGACUCGCGGCACGGUGCUGACUCCGUGCGGCGGAUGCGCGGCGGCGGGAUGCGGACGGGCGCAUCUGGAGAUUAGGGCGGCCACCUUCUGCACUGCGCAUGUGCUGAACGCUGCUGAUUUGUGGAGAGUGGCUAUUAAGCAUGGACGGGGGCAGACGGCUGUUAUAUUGAAAUCUUUUAAUGACCAUUUAGAGCGAGUGAAGAGACAUUAUAACCAAAAGACACCUCAAGAAGUAAAAUACAAAAGCAGUAUCCUCCAUUUCAAACGCGGUCUUCUGGCCUUGAAAGAAGCGAAGGAUUCUCGCGGGAACCUUUUGUUGGCACGGACUGACGUGUUUUUGGAGAUCGCUGGAUGUUAUAUAAUGAGGAAUAGAGCUAGCGCGUCCCUGACUGACGAAGCGGAUGCGAUAUGCCUUCGUUCGACGUUUCCGUGCAUUCUGCAGCCAAAGUCAUCGCUGCAAGUCGCGUGGCAGUCGUUUGUCGCUUGCCUUAUUGUUACUGUUUGUAUGACCCAUCCGUACUACAUGGUGUUCAAGAAGAAGGUACCGAUCGAGUUCAGGUUCUUUGACUACGUGGUGACAGUUGUGUACGUGCUGGAUCUCAUCGUCCACUUGUCCACUGGCGCUAACGUUGAAGAAGGCGUACCAAUAACGUUCUCCCAGACCUCGUCGCAACAGAUGCGCAGCCACUGGUUCGUGCUGGACGUGGUGGGCACGCUGCCCAUAUUCGAGUUCGUUGGUGAAGGGCAUUUCGCCGGUAUUAAUAAGCUGUUGAGACUGCCAAAGGUGUUCAGAGUUCUGAAGAGUUUCGAAGAGCGUUGCGUGUACCGCAGCAAUGUUCUUCGAUUUCUAUCCUACACGUUGCUGCUUCUGAUCGCCUGUUACUUGAUAGCGGCUUUGCAGCAAGCGUUUAUGUGUUUUCGAUUUGGUUACUGCCAAGUGACAAACUUCACGCAUUCCCCAUACUGGGAGUUCAAGCCUCUGGACGACCAGAACGUGGAGAACAGACUUAGUUUCGCGCUCUACUGGGCCGUGUCUAUGAUCACGUUCACAAAUCACAUGCAAACUUGGGGCCCUGAGAACUGGAACAACGUUCUCUAUACCAUGUUCGUGCUGGAGAUCUGCAUCGUGCUGAGGAUAUUCAUGGAGGCAGUUUAUUCCGCCACCAUCAUGGUCACUACAGCACUUAGGGAAGAUUAUGACUCGUGCAUAGAGAACGUCAAGAAUUUCCUGAUUAGAAAUCAAGUGGAUCAGGUUUUGCGGCAGCGGUUCAUUACCUACUUGCAGCUGUGCUGGUACACUGACAAGGCGUAUUCAAUGACGAACAAGAAGAGUUCUAUAUUCUACGACCUACCCGCGCAUGUGUAUCAGAACAUAGUGGCCGGACAACGAAGCAAAUACAUUCUCGCCAUACCUUUUAUGAAGUUUCUCCAUAAAGAAGAUUUAAAGAACAUAUCGUCGAAGGCACGUCUCUUCCACACGUCGCCGAACGAAAUCCUGAUAAACACAGGCGACAUCACCAAUGAAAUGUACGUCAUCAAGCAAGGGAUGUGCGAGAUAUUUCAUCCAGAAUCAAAACAAGCGGUCGCAACUAUUGGAGUCAAAAAUCAUUUUGGUGUCCUAAUAUGUUUAUUGCGUUUACCAGCGUACUACACGGUGCGGGCCGUCACUCACGUCCAGAUAUUGUCUAUAUCAAGGAAACAUUUAUUGCAAGCUAUCGAGCUGCCCAAAAUAAAAGAUGCUCUGGAAUUCGCUAAGGCGCAACCUGAAUACUAUCGUCUGUUGAAACAUCGCGAGCCUUUCCUCUUUUACACGCCUCCGGACCCCACGCCGAACAUGGAACGAUUUCGGCUCCCCAGGAAACAUGAGGUAGACUACGCGUUCCUCCACCCAUUCAAUAGACUUGGAUUUCUCUCGAUUUUAAGAUACAUAUUCCCUCGCUUCACGAUCCGUCCGGACGGGCGGUACCUGACGCGGUACGAGUGGUUCCGCGCGGCGUGCGCGAUGACCUCCGCGAUGGUGUUCCCGAGCUAUGCGUACCUCGUGCUGCAGUGGCACUGGCUCUACUUCAUCGCGCUACUGCUCGACCUGUCCGCUUAUUUUGAUAUUUUUCAACGUAUGCUGGUGGGUUACUUCAACGAUCAAGGCAUCCUGGUGUACCACCCUUAUAGCACGGCAGCUCAUUACGUUAAGGGUUCCUUUAUCAUCGACCUUUUUGGAUGUCUCGCUUUGGAAAAUCUCGACUCACCGAGACAGGAGUCUUUUGGUACUUCAGGCAACAGGUACCGCGUGACUGAGGUCAAGCAGUUCCUGAUGCUGAACCGGCUCCUGCAGCUGUACCGGGUGCCCAGCGCCAUGACGAUCCUCAAUAGAUACAUCGAACGAAGGGAUAUAUUAAUGGUCAUACGCGCAGUACCCCUGUUCCUGGUGCUGCUGAAUGUGCUCACUUGCUUCCUGGUGGUCUCCUCCGUGGAUAUCUUCUACUCGGAGGGCGGUGAGGACUGGUUCAUAGUCCCGUACCGCGACGACGGUGGCUCCUGGAUAUAUCUGUUCAAUAAGGCUUUUCGUUUUAACCUGACCGCCGCGCCGUGGAACCUCCACCUGGCGUGCUACUUCUGGGUUGUUUAUGAAACCACCACAACAGGCUACAACUGCUUCAACCCGAGCAAUUUCGAAAUCAUGCAAGUCAUUUUCUUCGGUAUGGUAAUUGGCACGAUGAUAAUAACGUAUUUCUCGGUGCGCAUCAUCAGCAUCCGCGCCAACGUCAACAAGGCGCUCGCUGCCUUCCAGGAACACCUCAAGGACAUGCUCGGGUACAUGAAGAGGGAACGACUCGAUCACGAUUUGCAGAAGGAAGUGUUGAACUAUUACGAGUACAAUUGGGACAAGAUGGGGGGCAUCGACUACAGAAACGUUCUCAAGCUGUGCGACCAAAUCACCUUGCGGACUGAUGCUAUUCUGCACAUAUUUGGUCCUACGUUUGCAAAGUGUCCCAUCCUCUCUCAAUGUGACGUCUCCCUCCUCCGCAUCAUCGGGCGCGCCGUACGCAGCAUGUACUUGUUGCGCGGCAUGAGGAUCGUGGAGGCGAACGACGUCACCAAGGAUAUGUACUUCCUCGACUACGGCGGCGUCAACGUCAGGGAGACCAAGGGGGAUAUGAGCACCGUCGUCAGGUUACCGAGGGGGAGCGUAUUCGGCAACUUAGAAGGAGCUACUACAAUAAGGUGCACGGUCACUUUCGUGGCCACCACUCGGGUCCACCUGCUGAUGAUCAACGCGCAGGCGUUCCACCACAUCAUAGCCGAUUUCCCAGCGGUACAGCAGCUCAUGAAGAAGUACCGGAGAGAACAGACGAAGAAUUACAUCAUAGGCAACGUUGGUGACUCUCUGAAACCCUGGAAAGAGCGCAGUUUCAGUUCACCCAUGAUCUUGCGCAGCCGCAAAGGUUUAGUGAAACACCUAUACUUCAAAGACAAGCUCGUACAACUGUACCUUAUCGUGGUCUCGUUACUCUGUGUGUAUGCUGACGUGUACAAUGCCGGCUUCCAAAACAACAGCAUGCCGUUGAUACUGGCGCUGUACGCAUUGGACAUGGGGUUCCUGCUGAAGAUCUUGAUGCAGUACAUGCUGCCGCGGAUAGUAGACGUGGUUCAUGUCAGGAACGUGCUAUUGCCGCUACGGAAUGAAUACUUCAAAGGCGAGUUCAAGUAUGAUGUGUUGUCUUGCCUGCCGAUCGAGCUGUUGAGUUUCCUCAGCAUUAACAACAGGUGGAUGUGGUUCUCCUGGCUGAGGCUUAACAGGAUGUUUAGGAUCGUAACAGUCCGCUGCUGCCUAAAGAAGCACCACGACCGCAUCACCCACAACUUAAUUGUGAGCACGGUGUUCUCCGUCAUUAUCUGGUUCACGCUGUUCAUCCACACCGUCUCCUGUCUGUGGUACUUCAUUGGCGUGAUGGAGGAGAACGUUGAGGCUGGAUCCUCGUGGCUGUAUACUGAGGAAGGCGCUGGCUGGUGCUCCAAUCUGUACAUCUGCUCGGUUUACUUUAUACUAACAACAUUCACGCAGAACGGAGUCGGAGAUAUCAUGCCCAAAAAGCAGUCUGAGGUGGUGUUCGUAUGCAUCCUUCAGAUAGUGUCGACGAUGGUGUACAUGGUGUACGUGGGGGAGUUCUCCAACAUCAUCCAGUAUCAAUCGUUCAGGUCCUUCAGCUUCUACUGCAUGUACCUCGAGUUGCAGGAGUUUUUGAAAAACAACCGCGUAUCGAAGAACUUGGUGGCCAUGGUGAACAACUACUCACUGCACCUGUGGCGCGAGGCGCGGGGUAUGCAGGAGCCUUAUUUCCUGAAGACAGCUCCUCAGUGUCUCCGGUUGAGAAUCAUGUCGGCUGCUUACCUGUACCAUCUUACUAAGCAUCAUAUAUUUGAAGAAUGUGAGCCGGCGUUCCUGAGACAGCUGGUGGGCUGUCUGCAGUUAUUCACUUACAAUGAAAAUAUGUUCGUGGUGAAAGAAAGUGAGAUCACAGAUGCUAUGUAUUUCGUACACACUGGGAGGAUCCAAGAGACCAAAGAAAGCAGUGACAAACCUCAUAGAGUUUAUCCAGCAGGCUCUUAUUUUGGUGUGACACAGGGCCUUAUUUGUGAUACCCCAUACACGCACUCUUACAUGACCAUCACCAAAUCUCAAGUGCUGACCCUGCACCUUGGUGACUGGGUGUACCUCAUGAAACAUUUUCCGGCGAGCAAGGCAGCUAUACAGAAAUAUGUGAAAGGCCCUGACACCGAUAACGGCCAAGGACCAGGAGACAAAAAGUAUGGAGGAUCGCCACCGCCUCCGAGAGACCAACCACGAGUCAUCGAACAAGUAGACAAGGGUUCUCCGCCCAGCCGCAGUUUCUCGCAAGAGAAACAUACUAAAUUUACAGUACCUACCGGCCCGAAGCCACCUGACGGACCAAACGUAAACGUGCCGACAGGACAAUGGCCCAUGGACAGUAGGAAUACGCGCGAUAGCGAGACACUCGCUAAGGAUUUCUCAGAGUUGGAGAAGUUACAAGUAUCUACCAGUUAUGAUCAAUCGCAAGGAUCCAUGUCUACCAUGAGUCAGGAUUUACGAGGAACAAAGUCUACAGACGUAGCGGCGACGAGCUCUUCAGUGUUCAUGAGCAGAGUGGCAUCAACAGCCAAAAAAUUGAUGGGCAAGCAAUCAGACGUACUGUAUGCACCGAGCAUUGAGUCAAUUGAUAAGGAUGUGUUACUUCUGCAAGAGGAUGAGGAUGCCACGACGGCGUUAAUGCAGCAGUUCGGCGAAGAUAAUAAAUCUAAAGAAUCAAGUCGCGAGCGUGUUUUGGUUACCGUAAGUGACGUGAGCAUCGCAACCGAAGACGGAACGGAAGAUAUUAUAGUGGCAGUUGAUAUGACUCAAUCCAAAAUUAAAAUAAACGAUAUACAACAAGCUGAUAAUGGUAUAGUUGAAAAGCAAGAAAUUAAACAGACUAAAUCUUCAGUUAAAAUGCCAGCUGAAACUGAAGACACCGAAGCGCCGUCAACAUCGAGGUUGAGUCGACGCCAGGUCCGAGUCCGUUACAAAGAUGAUGAAAAAAAUGACGGACCGGAAGAGAAAAAGCCACACACUACACGUUUUGUGAGCGAUGAUUUAACUGACACUAAGCCAUUUAAAGAUUUGUCUGCGCAGGAGCGAAAUUUUAUGAUGUUUGACAGCGAUAUACAUGUGGAAACUCCUACAACUGGUAAGGCUGAAACAGAAGAACAAGCGCCAGCCACGGGCUCAUCAUCAACCACACCAGACAGUAACAGCUCCACUUCACUUAAACGCACUCCUCCUCGACCUUCAGAAUAGAUUGCGUCUUAUUCUUGAUACCGAAUACUUUAUCUAGUUUUAAAAUAUUUUUCUUUAGCUACGUUAUUAACUAUAAUUAAUUUGAAAUAUAAAUAAAGUUUUAAUUUAAUAGCUCUCUGAGAUUUAUCGUUUCACUCUCAUCUUUGAUGAAACCCAGGCACUGCUAAUUUAUCGAUAGGUUAUAAAAAUGUUUUUUAUGUUUGAAAUUUGAAUCGUGCGUCUUAUACUAAUUAGUUAUAGACACGGUAGAUAACCCUUGAGUAAACACGAUCAUUAAGAUUAAAAUAUGGAACGGAGUAGGAUGAAUGCGUCACGGUGCCGUGGGCCACUCAUUCACACGAAGCAAUCUGUUAGCCGUACAUUUAUCAAUGUGCAUUUGGAUGAUUGCCAAACAAACAAAUAUUUCGGAGUAACGCUAACUGUAUUACGAUAACUGGAUUGUGGAACGCCAUCCGGUUAAGACAGUUUCUGGAGCGUCGGCUCGCCUGAUUAUAGAACUAUGGAAACGCAUCGAAACAUCUGCCAAAUAUUUUUUAUUGAAGCCGGCGCCAUUGUAGUAAAAACAUUUGUGAUCGCAGCAAAUAAAUUUGGAAUCUCGAGUGCCUGGGAUUUCAUAUUUUCAUGAUGAUGGAACAGUAAUAAUUUGUGCACGGUCGAAUGUAAAAUAAAAGAGACUGCUUCCUAAAAAAUCUUUAUUACAAAACUCUCUUAGCUCUUAACAAAGAUAAAAUUCGAGAUGAUAGUCACCGAACCUCAACGAAUAACAGCUAAAUCAACAUUGCA